ACUCCCACUCGGCAGUGAAGCCCCGACAUGUGACACAGUCAUCACAUGAUUAGACCCGUCAGUGUCGUCAAUUUCAACAUGGCGACCAACAGCUAUACCGACAAGGAAUACACAGUGAAGGCGGUGUUGAUUGGGGAUUUAGGUGUCGGCAAAACCACAUUUCUUCACACGUUCAUGGAAGGUAGAUUUACACGUGUAAAGACAUCAUUUGAUACCCAAGGAUUCAAGCAGAAAAACAUUAUCUACCAAGACAAGCAGAUCCGAUUGCAGAUGUGGGAUACGGCGGGGCAAGAGAAAUACCGCAGUCUCACAGCAUCGUACUACAGAGGAGCUAACGGAUGCAUAAUCAUGUUUGACGUCACCAACGAAGAAUCCUUCGACCACGUCCACAGAUGGUUCGAAGACAUAAAAGAAUAUGCUUCCCAGAAGGAAAUCGCAGUUGUGCUUGUUGGCACGAAGUGUCACGAGCAUGACCGAGAAGUGGAGAUCGCGAGAGCGACCAGCUUCGCGGAGGAACACAAUAUUCCCUAUUUUGAAGUCAGCGCGGAGAGAGACAUAGACAGCGUAAAUAAUGUAUUUGAUAAGUUGGUGGAAAAAGUACUAGAAAACGUGGCUCGAAACUCCACAAUGUCCCAGUCUUCUGAUCGAUCUGAAGUCAGUAAGUUGUCCCCAGGCCAGAAGAAGAAAAAAUCCUGGUGCUCUUGUUGAAGGCGUUGUUGAAUACCUUUGUGAAGACGCUAUUGAUGACUGGAAUAACGAACAUCUGACAAAAGCCCUAACGGCUUUAUCAGAUACUGAUGAAUCUGCCAGACUAAGGGGUGUUGCGAAUACGUUGUCCAAUGUCGCACAAAAGUUGUAGCUGUAGCUGUAGCUGUAGCUGUUAAUAUUAUUUCGACAUAUUUUCUCAUGCCACAAUGCCUCAUACGACCUCGCGUAGACAUGGGAAACCGGGAAAUAUGGUUCAUAUGGGUAAAUAUGGUCAAUAUGGGGGGAAAUGGUACAUAAUGGGCCAUAUGGUGCAUAUUAGGAUAUGUAGUGUGCAUAGGCUGAACCUUGAAACAUGCUAUUGGUCGUUUCUGCAUAUGCAAUACAGAAAUUUGCGCUCUGAUGCAGUAGGUCUUAUUAAAAAGUCAAAUGUUCUAUUUAUUGUGUACACGUAUUUCAUAAUGUAUUCUCAUUUCAGUGUCAUUGAAAGAGACAGUAACUAGUUUCGACAAAUCUGUUAUUUCACUCGAGACCAAAUAUCCAUUGUAUUGGUUAAGAUGAUAGUAUUUCGUUACAAAAUACAUGCGGACUUGAAUGGUUUUAUUUCACUCGUUAAGUAACAGAAAACAACUAUGUAAAUAAUCGCGACGAAAACCCUUUCAUAUUCAUGAGCAAUCUCCGCUAAUAGCAGAUUCGAUUUCACGAUUCCAACUUUAUCAUGAGCAUGGGUUUAUGGAUCACUAUCAAAUAGUGAUGAUACCAGGUGUUCGCGUAAAGGUUAGCGUUCCCUGCCCCACCCGUAGCACCCGUCACAAAAACACGCAAAGGCAAGUCAGCUGUUGAUCUGAAACAAAAACCGGGAACAUAUCGUACACGUCAAAAUAGGGAAUUGCAUCGGACACGAUUUGUUUUGUCACUGAUGCGUCAAAUUUGGAAAUACCCUCCAGAUGUCCACCAUAAGCUCUUUUUAAAGCUUUACUGAGGCCUUGAAUGUUGUAACCUUGAUAAAACAACCUCUGAGCAAGAGUCGUAUUACGCUCUUUGAAAUCCUGUUACUUCAAGUCUGUUCAAGGCGAAUCGGAUCUGUUUGUCCAAAUAGCAAAUAUAUGUAUGUUACUCGUUCGGUCGGUCAUCAGAGUCAGCGGACUUGUUUAAGCAACAUGAAAGUGAGAUGAACAGAUGGUGCUGCCGUUGACGUCGGAGUGGAAUACUUAUGUGAUGUGAUUUUGCAUAUUCAUCAAAAGAUUGGUUGGUUGGUUGGUUGUUUUACGCCGCACUCAGCAAUAUUCCAGCUAUAUGACGGCGGUCUGUAAAUAAUCGACAAUCCAGUGAUUAAUGUCAUGAGCAUCGAUCCACAGCAAUUGGGAUCGAUGACAUGCAUCAACCAAGUCAGCGAGCCUGACCACCCGAUCCCGUUAGUCGCCUUUUACGACAAGUAUGGGUUGCUGAAGACCUAUUCUACCCCGGAAUUUUCACGGGUCUAUUCACCAAAAGAACAUUGAGCAGUGUAAAUAUCAUUAUCAGCCAUCUCAUCAAAUCCCCACACAAAUUGAACAUGUAUGAUAUGGGCCAACUAAACAACUGAAAACGUUAAAUUUAAGUGUGACGGAAAACUUUAAAAUAUGUUAUGAAAUGUUUGUUCAUAUGACUGGAAACUAGCCCUUCUUCUGUCUUACAAAGAAAUUUGCAAAAACGCGCAAGGGCAUAUUUUUCAGCUUUCCCGUUUGCAAAUAUGACACUUUGAACCUUACUGUACUGUCUUGGCCCUACAUCCCAAGAAGCAUAGCCGGGGUCAAAGAUUAGACAUAGCUUCAUGACAACCUUAUGCAACUAAGAACGUUUACUACAGUUUGUGUUACCAAGUAGAAAACAUAACAUAAGUGUUGAAUAGUUCUUGCAAGAUUAAUAUCGAUACUAGGCUUGGAUAACUAGGAUAGGAGUUAAGAGAUUUCAUAAACACCUGGGAUAAGAGUGAGUCAGUUACAAAUAUACCUGGGGAAGGAGUUCCUCGGUUGAAGCCCUGUGAAGGCACAGUUCUUCAUUGAUAACAUUACGUCAAAACAAUAGGAUCACUUUAGUGAAUUCUCUCUGUGGGCUGACAUUUCAUACGCUAUUUUUUCAGUUUCCCUCUUUAGAUUUCAAUGAGUAAUAGACAGAAUAACGUCCCUGAAGAAUGAAUGCAGUCCCCCGCCAACGAUUCGGGAUUAAAACCAUUCAUUCACUCGGGUCAGACAAUUCGUAAUUUCUGGAAGCACGUUGGUUAUUCUCUCAUUAUUACACUUGUUCAUUGUUUGUAUUGUUUACUCGCUUGUCUUAAACCAUGUGGAUAAUAAACAUGAAAUACGUGUUUCAUGCUCUGGAUACUAUUUCACCUUCUCUAUA